CAGCCGGACCUGUUGGACGCAUUCGUCGGAUCAUUUUGAGCGAAAACGGAAUGAUAAAGAUUGUCAAGACCACACACUGGAACGGGAUAGUGAAAUUUUGGCAAGUGCGAUCGGAUUCGUACCGAAAAUUUACACAAAUCGUAUCGUGUUACAGCGGCAGAAAAAUACACACCCGCGAAUUUGGCCGCUGAUUAGUGGGUGGAUUAUAAGGGAGCGGUGUUUACACAAGCAUGAUAUAUUCGUAGAUGAUUUGUGAGCAGUUUUGCGUAAAUGGGAUUGAUGUGUGGAAGUCAUUCGGCGACUUCCUGUGUCACAUAUUGAAGCCACUAGCUACGAGUCGUGUAGUCUAAUGUGAAGUGUUAAUUUAUAAUUUCUUAAGUGGAAUUUUCAAUUAGAUAUAAAACACCACCGCAGCCCUCUGGUGUGAAAGGAAUUAAGGUGUAGUGAUGGUUUCAGUUUCAUAAUUACGUUGAUGGUACUUCACAUCGAGCGAGUGCAUAUUUCAUUAAGGAUAAUUUGCAGGAGGAAACAUUUAGGCGAAUCAUUUUUUAAACGUUAAUUUGCUUUGUUAUCCGAUUCGAUAUUCAACGCUUCGCUAAACCUUCAAAUGAUAAACUGGAGUAUGGGAACAGUUGAUUGUUCAUGGAUGCGUUAACUAGAGCGGCCUUGCUUGCGGUUAUCAUUAUCGCUGGGAUGAAACAGAAUUCGCUUGCCCAGGACUCAAACGAGCUCCUGGUUGAUACAAAACGAUUUAAUAGUAGCACAGAGGCGCUUCAGUUGAACGUUUCAUGGUAUCCAACAUCGAAAGGUAGUUCUUACUAUGGGGUUUUUGUUGAUCACGUGCCAACGGAAAACUGUUCUAUACGCACUCUCUCUGACAACAAUACGGACAUCAAAUGUCACACAAUUAGAAUAGAUACGAAAGCAACAUCAGUGUUGGUGCCAGAUUAUUCACCCCCCAGAACACCUAAAUACCAGUGUGUUAUUCUUCCGGUUUGUUCAUAUAACAUUUCCGUAAUGUCUUUAAAUUAUCCAGAACUAUUCGAUACAAUUAGUGUGGUAUAUCAAGUUCCAGAGGUCCUGGUCCAUGCACAGCGGUUCAAUGAUACGGCAGACGCGCUACAGUUGGACGUUUCCUGGUAUUCUGCAUCGGAAGAGAGUUCCCCCUAUCAGGUUUCUGUGUAUCACGUGUCAACAGAAAACUGUUCCAUAAAACACACCCCGUUCGCCAACAACGCGGACAUCAAAUGCAUUCCGAUAAUUGCAGACACAGAAGGAACAUCAGUUCGGGUGCCAAGGUAUACACACGCCAAACUACCCACAUAUCAGUGUGUCAUACUUCCGUUGUGUACAUAUCAAGUUUCAGUGCAGUCACUGAAUCAUCCGGAACAUUUCGAACCACUAAGUGUGGUAUAUGAGGUUCCAGAAUGCGUGGAAAACGUGUGUUCAUGCCACUAUGAACAGAGGCUUCCAAACAUCAGUAUAAGUUCCGUCAUUCGAGAAAACCUUCUCAUUGUGAAUUGGACACUGGGGCAUUACAUUAAAGCUGACCUGCCGGAUGGCGUUGAACUGAACCACACCGUGAUCACCGUUCGAUCCAUUCUCAAUAAGACCAUCGGCUGGGAGGGCCGAAAAAGUAUCAAGAAGUCAAUUGCAUUCGACCCGCUGCAGUUUGGCAGUUACGCAUUCAACAUGGAUGAUUUUCCCGGAAGCAAAACACAUUUCCUCGUCGAAGCGAGCCUCUAUGAUAGCAGACGAUGCUAUUCUGAUGCGGAUACAAUACGUGUGUAUAUUCCAGCCAUCGUGGCACAGGAUUCUAACCGUCGGCAGGAGAAACCCGAACCGGAAGCAAAGUCAUCACAGUUUUUCUUCCUGACUCUGAUUGCGUUGUGCAUCAUUGUAAGCGGGCUGACGUGUAGUGUGGUUUACUAUCAGCGCAAAAAACGACAACGCCGGCAAUUAGAGAACUGGCGUGAAGUUUAUGUCACAAGUGGAGCCGAACACCAAUUGCAACCAAUGCAAAUGAAGGAAAAUCUGCUCUAUACCUCUAUGGAAAUACUGGAAGCGCGGGCCAGAGGGGACGCAGACCAGCUCGAGGUUCCGCAUUCCUGCCUACGGAUCGGGCGGGAGAUUGGCAAGGGAGCCUUCGGGCGCGUAUUUAUGGCGAGCGCUACCAAGUUGCCCGGCUGUAAUGGACCAAUGAUAGUGGCUGUGAAACAACUGAAAAAGAGCCCUGAAGCGGACGAAAUCGACGAGUUUCUGGACGAAAUAGAAAUGUUGAAGCGAGUCGGACGCCAUCCAAACAUUGUGACAUUACUCGGAUGCUGUACCAUCAAGAAGCCGCUAACCAUGAUAAUGGAGUACAUUGGAUGCGGUGAUUUGCUCGAGUAUUUAAGAAAAAUACGUGCAAAGCAUUUGGCCCGAGUGGCACGGUAUGAGGCUAACUCGACGAACCAUUCGGAAACCAUUAGCCUACAGAAGUCAAUUUCCAACAACUCGACCAGCACCGUGUUCGGGCCGAUGAUUAAAUACAUCGACCUUGUGCAUACAUCGAGCUCCAAUUCUGACACAUCAUCGUAUAUUACACAACCAGACACAAUAUUGCGACCAUCGCUGACCGAGACGAUGUAUACAUCACUCGGUACGAGCGGCAACGAAAAGCACGACUGUGGGAACACACCUUCGAUUGAAUACGUAUUGGAUCACAUGGAACUCCACGAUUUUGCACGACAAAUCAUCUGUGGAAUGCAGCAUCUGGAGGAGAAGCAGAUAACACACAGAGAUUUGGCCGCUCGUAACAUUCUAAUCGAUGAGAGGAAAACAUUGAAAAUUUCCGAUUUUGGAUUAUCGCGAUCGGGCAUUUACGUGAAUACUCGGAACAAAAAGGUUCCACUUCGAUGGCUUUCCAUCGAGGCAAUGCGCGACAAUUUGUACUCCAGCAAGAGCGACGUGUGGGCUUUCGGAAUUGUGCUGUGGGAAAUUGGAACCCUAGGUGGCUAUCCAUAUCCAACAGUAAGUAACCACGAGCUGCUAGCAUUCCUGUAUCAGGGUAAGCGUCUCGAACGACCAGACAACUGUACCGCUGAGCUAUACCAGCUGAUGCUCAAAUGCUGGAGAACCGACCCGGACGAGCGGCCAUCGUUCCAUGAAAUUGGCAAGAUGCUGGAGCCGCAUCGUAACAUUUACAUCGAUUUCAAUGAAAUCGAACCAACAUACGUUCUCCCGCCCACUUCCGACCAAAUCAAACGAGUUAUUGCCAACAACAAAUAGAUAAACCGGGCCAAGCACUAAAGUGAGACACAUUUCAACGAUUCCUAUUGACAGUUUUUCAUACGUAAAAUUUGCAGAACCAAUAUAGUAUUAUUAUAGAGUUUAGACUAUACUAUAUAGUAUAGACUAUGCUCAAAUUGUCUAGCUGGUGCUAUUUAUUAUGAGUUAAGAUCAUUCAAAUAUGUCUGUCAUUGAAUGUUAAUGGUGAGAUUAAAUAACGCAACAAAAACACAAUCAAAAAAAAAUCAAUUUUCCUGGAAAAUUGUGAUUGUUUGGUGAUGCCGUUGCUUUGUUAGCAUUCGAUGUCUUUUCAAAAGUUGCAAUUGUCAGCGUAUACUGAACGGUUUUCAAAUGUCUUGAGAGAUGUUUCAUAAUUGUAAUUAUAUCUGUGAUAUAUUUCAGUGAUU